AUGGUCGUCCGUAUUCGUCUGUCCCGCUUCGGGAACAAGCACCAGCCCUUUUACAACAUCGUGGUUGCGCAAGCUCGUUCGGCCCGCGACUCCAAGCCCCUAGAGGUCAUUGGUACUUUCAACCCCGUCCCUCAACGUCCUACCGGCCUCUCCGACGAGGAAGCCCGCGCCGCGAGAGCAUACAAGGAUAUCUCGCUCGACCGAUCUCGGGCCAAGUACUGGUUGGGUGUUGGCGCACAGCCCAGUGACGGUGUUUGGAGGUUACUGCACUUGGCCGGUCUCAUUGAAGCGAAGAAGGUUUCCAGCAACUAA